GGCGGCGGCGGGCGGCGUGACCCCGCCGGGGGGCGGCCGCGCUGCAUGGGGCCGGGGGCCGGCCGGCAUGGAGGGGGUCCUGUACAAGUGGACCAACUACCUGAGCGGCUGGCAACCUCGGUGGUUCCUUCUCUGUGGUGGCAUACUGUCCUAUUAUGACUCUCAGGAAGAUGCCUGGAAGGGUUGUAAGGGAAGCAUCCAAAUGGCUGUUUGUGAAAUUCAAGUUCAUCCUGCAGAUAACACACGAAUGGACCUGAUCAUCCCAGGGGAGCAGUACUUCUAUCUGAAGGCAAGAAAUGCGGUUGAAAGGCAAAAGUGGCUUGUUGCGCUUGGAACUGCCAAAGCCUGUCUGACUGACAGCAGGACACAAAAGGAAAAAGAGUUCACUGAAAACACAGAAGCCUUGAAGACCAAAAUGUCCGAACUUAGACUGUACUGUAACCUCCUUGUUCAGCAAGUGCAUAAAACAAAGGAAGCCAGCAUUUCUGGUGUGUCAGAACCAGAGAGUGAGAUUGAUAUGGGAGCUCUGUUGAAAUCAACCUGUGACACUUUCCUGAAGACUCUUGAAGAAUGUAUGCAGAUUGCAAAUACUGCCUUCACUUCUGAGUUACUGCAUCAGACCCCACCUGGAUCCCCAAAUUUAGCAGUUCUCAGAACGAGCAAGGUAAAGCACUCUGUCUUGUCCAGUCACACCUCAACAGAAAGGCAGGUGGAAUUGAACCCCUGUGAAAAUGGCUGUGUAAAAGCAGAAGUUAACCAUCAAGAACAAGCAGUUAUUAAAAGCAUGGAAUGUUUAAACUUGGAAACAAAUGAGGGGGCUGGUGAUGUUUAUGUUGAAGAUUGUGUAGGAAAGGAUUUGGCAGGCAUUCAAGAUGAUGGGGAGGACAAACUGCAAGCUGUAGAAGGCUGUGGUGCCCACAAGAUGCUGCAGUCAGAAAAAAAUUCUUUAAGUGGAUUGACUCUGUGUGAGGAGGAAAGAAAUGAAAAUGAUUCUCCUACCUUCUUCAGUGUCAUGAGCAAUAGGUUCAGUGAUAUUGAGCUUCGGGAGGAAGAGGGCAUACCAACAGAGGAGUUCCUGGAGUCGUGUUAUGCAAUUGUGCCUGUUCUGGACAAGCUGGGACCAACUGUUUUUGCUCCAGUUAAAAUGGAUUUUGUAGGCAACAUCAAGAAAAUAAACCAGAAAUUUAUAACCAACAAAGAAGAGUUUGAUACCCUUCAGAAGAUUGUGCUCCAUGAAGUGAAUGCAGGUGUAGCACAAGUAAGAAAUUCUGCUACAGAGGCUCUCCUGUGGCUGAAAAGAGGUUUAAAGUUCUUGAAAGGGUUUUUGACAGAAGUGAAGAAUGGGGAGAAGAAUAUCCAAACAGCUCUGAACAAUGCUUAUGGAAAGACAUUACGGCAGCACCAUGGUUGGGUUGUCCGUGGGGUCUUCGCUUUAGCUUUAAGGGCAGCUCCAACGUAUGAAGAUUUUGUGGCAGCUCUGUCUGUAGAUGAGUGCGAUCCUCAGGAAGAAACAUUUUACAAAGGAAUGCAGAGGGACCUCAACAUUUACUUACCAGCCAUGGAAAAGCAGCUAAAUAUCUUGGACACUCUCUAUGAAGUACAUGGUUUGGAGUCAGAUGAGGUGGUAUAACUACAGCAAGACCACAUCUUAAAAAUUCAGGGACUGUGUCUAUUAACAAAGAUUCCUUCCAUUUUGGUUUUGGGACAUCAUUUCUGUUCAUUGUAUCUUUUCAAGUGGGAAAGGUGUUGAGUGUUUUGGGGGAAGGGUAUGUGUCAUUUUUAUCUUUUCAGUAUGCUUAUGUUGCAUUUAAAUGCAGAGGUACUGUCUCUCUUUGGAUCAUAACUAUGUCCGUGGUGAAUGUUUUUGACUGUUUCUCUUCUGCCUGUGCACCUCCUCUUCUCUUCACCUCAUAAAAGUAACAGAGCAGAAUUUGGCCUUUGCUGCUGUACCUAAGGAGAGACCUGCUCAUGCAGCAGAGCUGUUGUGUCACCACUUGGCACCCAGGCAGGUGCUGCUGCCUCUGACUCUCCCAUUCCCUGUGCCCACUCCCUGCCAUGGUGUAGGAAGAUAGUGAGAGUUAUUGUUACCCUGAUAGCAGAAGAGAAGGACAGCUAAACACCAGCUUAUAAUGUGGUUUGUCCCUCAAUUUGGGUUGAAGCUCUUUAAUGCAAAUAAUAUAUUUGCAUUACAUAAAUAUUUAUUAAAUUAAAUAAACAUUUUAGUUCAAAUAUUACAGAGAUCUUCACCACAGGUGUAUGUGGCUGGUGGUCUGAGUGGCCCCAAGGUCUAGCCUUUGAAACAGGAUGUUGUGUUCUCUGACCAGCUCCCAGUACAUGCUGUGGCUUCCCUGCCGUAUUAGAAACCGUUUGUGUUUUAGGGGUUUCUUGAAUCAAAUUCAUGCAAAACUGUAAUACUUGCUUUUAAGUUGAGUACAGCUAGCAGUUUGAAAAGCAGAUGUCAUUAAAAUCCUUCCUAGACUAUCAUUAUGGGCAGAAACAUCAUGCAAGUAGACAUGAAAUGAAUAAAGUAUAGGGGAAGCUAAAAUUUGUGAUGGAGCUAUUAAACAUGGGACCAAUUACAAAUCUCGAAUUUUGAAAUUACUUAGAAGUGACUAAAAAUUAAGAAAGAUUUCUCCCUUUUCCCAUUUUGCUGACACAGAUAAAAACGUGUUCGUCAGCAUUGCUGCUGUUAAAAAUAAUGAAGAACUCCUUUUAGCUGGUUAGCAACAGAAUUUCUAGUUGUGUUGAUGACCAACCAGAAGGCUGUCUGUGAAUUACUGACUCCCAAGGCAUAACCAGGUCUCUCUGUGUUGACCUUGGGCUUCAGAUGGCUUUGUACAAAGAGCUGAGUUUAACUCAUGUGCAGGAGUGGUGAAGACUCUGCUAGUGAGGUACUUAGAAUUAGUAAGUUUUCAUAAAUACACAAGGCAGUGUUGCCAUACUCACAGAAGUAGUGCUGGCUUUUGCUAGGCUAAAACCAGUGUUGUUAGUAAAAUGAAUGUACUGCAGACCUGCUGCCCUGCAUUGCUCUGUGACAGGAGCCUCUGCACACUGAAUACUUGAUCCUUUCUAAAGAGCUUAGCAUUGUGAGCUUUAAGAAAAGCAUGUGAUACUUGAAGAAAAGGCCAACAUCAAACUUACUGUAUAAAGAAAGAUACCAGGACUCUAAAUUAGACAUUCAUGGAGUCAUAGAAUGUGCUGUGUUGGAAGAGACCCAAGGGGUCAGGAUCAUCAAACCCAACUCCUACCCCUGCACAGGACACCCCAAGAAUCCCACCACGUGCCUGAGAGCAUUGUCCGAAAGCUACUUGAACUCAGAUGGGCUCAGUGACCAUUUACCUGGGGAGCUUAUUCCAGUUUCCAGUCCCCUCUGGGUGAAAAGCCUUUACCUGGUAUCCAACCUAAACCUCCCCUGACUCAGCUUCAUGUAAUUUCCUUGAAUCCUGUCAUUGGUCAUGAGAGUGAAGAGAUCAGUGUCUGUUCCUCUGCUUCCACUCAUCUUCAUGAGGAUGUUGGAGACCACAAUGAGGUCUCCCCUCAGUCUCCCUUCUCCAGGCUGAUCAAACCAAGUGACCUCCUCAUAAGGCUUCUCCUCCAGACCCUUCACCGUGCUUGUGGCCCUCCUUUGGGCGUUCUCUGACAGCUUAAUGGGUUUUUAAUAUUGUGGCACCCAAAACUGCCCCCAGCUCUCAAAGUGAGGCCACCCCAGCUCAGAGCAGAGCAGGACAAUCCCUUCCCUUGCCUGGCUGAUGAUGCUGUGUCUGCCCCCCGGGACAGGGCUGGCCCUCUUGGCUGCCAGGGCACUGCUGACUCAGAUUCAGCUUGCCAUCAACCAGGACUCCCUGAGCUCUCUGCAGUGCUGCUCUCCAGCAUCUCAUUCCUGUGUGUGCACACAAUCUGGACUGUCCUGUCCCAGGUGCAGAAUCUGGUGCUUGCCCUUGCUAAACUUCAUGCAUUUGGUGAUUGCCCCUCUCCAAUUCUUCAGGGUCUCUCUGCAGGGCCUCCCUGCCCUCAAGGGAAUCUUAGUUUAGCUCCUCCCAAUUUGGUGUUGUUGGCAAACUUACUUAGCAUCCCUUCCAGUCCUGUGUCCAAGUCAUUUAUGAAGAUGUUGAAAAGCACAGGGCCAAGGAUAGAGCCAUGUGGAACUCCUCUAGGGGCAGCACAUCAGCCUGAUGAGUCACUACCAUUUGUGCCCAGCCCAUGAGCCAGUUGCUCACUGAUCAUGUAACAUGGUUAUUGAGCUGUGUGCUGGUCAUUUUGUCCAGAAGGUUACUGUGAGAGUGUUAAAAGCUUUGCUGAAGUCCAAAAAGAUCAGCUGGCUUUCCUAAGUAACUAAGUGGGCUGUCGUAGAAGGAAAUCAGUUUUGACAAUCAGGACUUCCCUCUCAUGAAGCUGUGCUGUGACCAAUGACUGCAUUGUCUUUCAGGUGUUUUUCAAUACCUCCCAGAAUGGUCCUUCCCAUGAUUUUACCUGGCACUGAAAUGAGGCUGACAGGCCUAUAAUUUCCAGGGCCCUUCUUCUUCCCCUUCUUGAAAAUCAGGACAAUGCUUGCCAGCUUCCAGUCAGCUGAGAUCUCUCCAGAUUCCCAGGAGACUGUUUAAAUAGUGUAUCUUCUUGCUCUGUCAUCUUCUCUGAGAUUUACCCAUCUGUAGUUCAUAGGAACUUGAGAGGGAUCAGAAGGAAUCAGGUUUUAUGGAUUUUCUUAAAUUAAGUAUGUGUGUGAGUACAAAGUCAAAACUUUUGACCAAAGCUCUAUUCAAUUAUUUCACUACUCACAGUACUAAAAAUGAAGCCAAGAGCUUUUGGAAUUUGGUUGUCUGCUGCUUCUAAGCAUGAGUCCAAAGAAACCACUCCUGUAGGAGAACAACCAACUUUCCACCCUGUGUAGUUUCCUCACGGUUUUCAGCUGUUCUGUUACUUCACUGUAACAGUUUUUAGCUGAAUGGUCUGGAAAGAUAAUGGAGACCACAUUUCCACAAAAUAUCAGCUAGGUUAUGGGAAGAUCAGGAAGAGAUCCCUCUUCUCUAGAAAUUAACUGUCAGAUCAC